AGCAGCCUUGUCUUUGUAUAAAUACACAAUCCUUCCCAUUUCAGAACAAAACAUUGGUAAUUCGAACACUGUUCAAAAUUCCACGCUCAACGGAUCUCACCGAGAACUUCAGCUUCAAAAUGCAUGGUGAUUAACCGUGACACAGUGUUUUGAUUUGGAUGCGAGGGGAUCGAAUUGACAUCCAUAUUUCGGAAAUGGACGUGGAGAAAUCGUCGCUGUGCAAUUUCGUUGUGAACUUUUUGCUGGAAGAGAAUUACUUGCUCUCGGCGUUCGAGCUCCUCCACGAGCUCCUUGAGGACGGCCGUGGUGAUCAGGCGAUUCGGCUUCAAGAAUUCUUCUCCGAUCCAACUCAGUUUCCUCCCGAUCAGAUCUCCCGCUUCAGCUCCCUCCGAGCUGCAGAGCCCCAGAAUAUACUUGAUGAAAAGGAUUCCGUAGAAAAAAAAUUGGCAGUCAGCGAAUAUGAGCUCCGUGUAGCUCAAGAAGACAUCCUUAAGCUGAAAGAUGAGUUGCUGAAGAAAAUUGAUUCCAAGGACAAAUCAAAUGGGCCAGAUUUGGAUGUUCCUGCAAAAAAUGAACCAGUUAAUCAACCUAUGAAGAGAAGUAUAUCUUGCUCCGACUUGGGUCCUCUAAAGGACAAUGAACGAUUCGAUAUCAACUGCGCAGUGAAGGAGUAUUUACUAUUAGCAGGAUACCGUUUGACUGCAAUGACAUUUUAUGAGGAGGUCGAUGAUCAGAAUUGGGAUGUAUGGCAGAACUCAGCUGCAUGUGUUCCAAAUGCACUGAGGCAGUAUUAUUAUCAAUAUCUUUCUUCUACUGCGGAGGGUGCGGAGGAGAAAAUAGCAAUGCUUCGAGAAAUUGGGAGGCUGAAACAUGAGAAACAGUCCUUGCUGAAAACCAAGGAAAUGUCUGAUGCACAAAUUAUCAAAAUGAAAAAAUCAAUUGAUGCGCUGAAGAAAGAUGUCAAGGAGAAAGAAAAUCUGGUCAAAGGUUUGAAAAAGACUUCGGAAAGCCAAAGAAAAGAACUAAAUGAUUGUAGAGCCGAGAUAACUUCAUUGAAAAUGCAUAUCGAAGGAGCUCUAUCUGGAAAGAUUUUGCUAUUAACUGACUCUGCACAAAUGCGGACAUCAUCUCCAGGGAAGCAUAAUGAAGAAACAGAACUUUUUCAGAAAGAAAUAGAGAUGUCAAAGGUCAAAAACUCGCCGAAUGCGGAACCUACUGAGACAAUAAAAGUAGAGGAAGGGAAUGAAGGGCAAGUACAUGACGCUGAAGAGCCAAAAGUAAAUGAGACUGGAUCGCCUGGAGCUAGUCCAUUGGCAGAUUUAGUAAAGGAGGAGACUCAGAUGACAGAGAAAAAGGCUUCUGAGGACACAAUCAGUCUAUCCGAGAAAGUAUUGGAGUCGCCGACUUCUUUUGGUGAAUUUGGAUUUGCUUGGAGAAGUGGUUUUGAUAUUCUCAAGAACAGUGGGAGAUCAUCGCCACGAACUGAUAGUGCCAUUAUGAAGUCGGACCACCUUGCUCCUGAACUUUGUCCUGAAAAGCUGGGUUUGGGAACCAUUCAUAUACUUUCAAAUGCAUUGCCCAAAAUUGUACCGUAUGUUCUAAUCAACCAUCGUGAGGAGCUUCUUCCUUUGAUUAUGUGUGCAAUUGAGCGUCAUCCAGAUAGUGCCACUCGAGAUUCCUUGACCCACACAUUGUUUAAUCUAAUAAAGCGUCCAGAUGAGCAGCAGAGACGAAUAAUAAUGGAUGCUUGUGUUACUCUUGCCAAAAAUGUAGGAGAGUUGAGAACAGAAACAGAAUUGCUACCCCAAUGCUGGGAACAAGUUAAUCACAUGUAUGAGGAGCGUAGGAUGCUUGUUGCUCAAUCAUGUGGCGAGCUUGCAGAACUCGUGCGGCCAGAAAUUCGUGAUUCCCUCAUCCUGUCCAUUGUGCAGCAGCUCAUUGAGGAUUCUGCUACAGUUGUCAGGGAGGCUGCUGCUCAUAAUCUAGCUUUGUUGCUGCCUCUCUUCCCAAAUACGGAAAAAUAUUUCAAGGUUGAGGAGUUGAUGUUUCAAUUGGUUGGCGAUCCCUCUGGUACAGUCGUUGAAACUACAAUAAAAGAAUUGGUUCCUGCUCUAAUAAAUUGGGGAAACAAUUUGGAUCAUGUUUUGCAAGUUACGCUCUCUCAUCUCUUGGGCUCUGCUCAGCGUUGCCCGCCUCUUUCAGGGGUUGAAGGUUCCAUUGAGUUACAUCUACGUGUUUUAGGUGAAAGAGACAGAUGGAAUGUUGAUGUUAUGCUACACCUGCUUGCUGAACUACUUCCAUGUGUGCACCAUAAUGUUGUUGAGACUUGUCCAUUUCCAGAAGUUUCACAUUCUACAGGAAUAUUAUUCGCUCCUGCUUUGCUUGAACUGUUUGCAAGAGGAGAAGAGGAAUGGCCUGCAUUUGAGUGGUUGCACAGUGAGUGCUUUCCAAGUUUGAUUCGCUUGGCCUCUCUGUUAUCUCCGAAGGAGGAUGAUUUAAGAAAUCACAUAACGAGGUUUCUAUUGGCGGUUGGUAGACAGUUUGGGGAAUCCUAUUUAACACACAUCAUGCUACCGGUGUUUUUAGUAGCAGUUGGUGAUGAUGCUGAUUUGAAAUAUUUCCCUUUCCAAACCCAGUUAAAUAUUAUAGGUUCGAGGCCUCAAACUGAAACAUUUCGCAGGAUUGCUACAAUGUGUGUCCUACCACUUCUCUUGGCAGGGGUUCUGGGACACCCAAGCAAGCAUGAAUACUUGACAGAGUACUUGAGGAAUCGAUUGAUUCAAAGUUCUGAACAGGAUGAUCUGCUGGAAAAGCUAGAUAUUAUCCAUGCUGUUCGCUUUCUUUGUACCUUUGAAGAACAUCAUAGUAUGAUAUUUAACAUCCUGUGGGAUAUGGUUGUGAGCUCUGACGAACAUUUGAAAAUCACUGCUGCUAAUCUGUGGAAACUCAUUGUACCAUAUAUUGAUGCAAAGGUUGCCUCGAUUCAUGUUGUGCCAGCUCUUGUAACUCUUGGUUCAGAACCAAACUUGAAUGUAAAAUAUGCAAGUAUUGAUGCUUUUGGAGCUGUCGCACAACAUUUCAAGAAUGACAUGAUUGUUGACAAGAUACGCAUUCAGAUGGAUGCUUUUCUUGAAGAAGGAUCAUAUGAAGCUUCCAUUGCUGUGGUUCGUGCACUGGGAAUGUCUGUACCAUAUACUACUGAUACGCUUCGAAAUUAUCUCCUAUCCAAGAUUUUUGAAUUGACAGCAUCAUCACUCCCUUCAAGUGAUGUACUACAACGGCGAGAAAGAGCUAAUGCCUUCUGUGAAUCAAUCCGUGCUCUUGAUGCAACAGACCUUCCAGCUUCCAGCGUAAAGGAUUUCCUCGUUCCUGCUAUUCAGAAUCUAUUGAAAGACAGUGAUGCUCUUGAUCCAGCACAUAAGGAAGCUCUUGAGAUCAUAUUGAAGGAAAGAUCUAGUGCUGUGGUAGAUCCUAUAAGUAAGGUGAUGGGUGGUCCUAUGGGGCUUGCAUCAUCCGUCAGCAGUUUCUUCGGUGAUGGAUUACUUGGGAGAAAAGAAGGUGGAGAUGGCGGAGCUCCACCACCUGAGACGAUUGAGCCACACAAACCUAUUUCACAACCUCCCGUUGAGGACACAAGAUUGAGGCGCAUCUUUACAGAUAUACUCCGAUCAAAAGUUAAGAACCAUGACGAAACUAACGCUACCUAGCCAGUGAGUAGGAAAUCUUUUGUUGGGAACAACUAGGAAUAGCGAUGAAGAGAAGCAGGCUAGAAAACUAUAACCGGUACUCCUCUUUUCAGCUCAUAGAGCUUAGUUUUGUUGUUCCCCGUUUGAAUUUUUUUGUAAAGUAAUAGUAUUUGUGUACGAACUUAUUCUUAAUUAAUCUUGGAGAAGAUAUGAAUCUUAAUUAAAGUCAGAAAUUUGGAGUUUCCUAGUAUUUAGAUUUGUUGAACUACUUCCACUUGCUGUUGGUUAUAGGCAGUCACUGAAGUGUGUAAAUUGAAUUGAUACGACUAUAUUGUU